UCUUGCAUUAUUUAUCAGUCUUCUCUUGUUUGGUUCAGAAUUGUCUUUAUCCAUCAAACAAUCUCUGCUUCUGUCUAUGGGGUAAAUGGAAAACAGUACUAACCCUCCUUAUUUUAACCUCACUGUGUUUGUGAACAUGGGCAACUACCGCUAUCUUACGUUUGUCCUGUGUCUCCUGUUGUAUGCUUCCAUUAUCUCAGCUAAUCUUGUCAUAAUAGUGGUGAUAUCACAAGAGAAAACUUUACAUGAGCCCAUGUAUAUUUUUAUUAUGUGCCUUUCUAUUAACUCUCUGUAUGGCUCUGCUGGCUUCUUCUUCAGAUUUCUGGCAGACCUUCUGUCUGAUACUCAUUUGAUCCCACGACCAGCUUGUUUAAUUCAGAUCUAUGUCAUUUACACCUAUGCAUCCUUUGAGCUCACCCUUUUAGGCAUUACAGCCUACGAUCGGUAUGUUGCUGUCUGUCAGCCUUUACAUUACCACAGCAAAAUGACCUCUAAGAUGGUCUCUAAGUUGGUUGCCUUUGCAUGCAUCUACCCACUCCUUUCUGUUGCAGUUUGUGUUUACAUGGCCUCCAGACUUCCACUGUGUGGCAAUAAGAUACCUAAGGUAUACUGUGCCAACUGGCCUGUUGUAAAAUUGUCAUGUGUCUCUACUGUCAUUAACAACCUUGUUGGCAUGAUUGUGUCCGUAACCACAGUCUUUCUCCCCCUGGCUUUUGUUCUGUACACGUAUGCACGAAUUUUUCUCAUUUGUAGGAAACGCUCCUCAGAGUUCAAGAGCAAAGUCAUACAAAGCUGUCUGCCCCACAUUAUUACAUUUGUCAAUUAUUCCAUUACUGUGUUUUGUGAUGUUGCUCUCAGCAGAAUUGAUCUUGAAGAGAUUAAUCCAUUUCUAGCAGUAAUUUUAUCACUUGAGUUUGUUGUGAUUCCUCCCAUUGUGAAUCCUCUUGUGUAUGGCCUGAAGCUACCAGAAAUUAGAAAAUGUAUUUCAAGUAUGUUAUCAUGCUCAAAAUUUGACAAACAACCUAUCUAAGGGUAGCCUGUGCUGUUUCUAAUUGUCAGUGGUCUGACUUCUUUCAUCAUUACUUUCAAACUAGCUGCAGCAAUGAUGUGUGUCAUAGUCAAGAGGGUGAAUACUGAAUACAGUUACUUCAUUUUAAAAUGUAAUUUAAAGUAGAGACUGUGGAGAUUUAUUUUGAAUACAAAAUUAAAGUCUUUUUUCCAUUGAUCAAUUUCAAAAUGACAUAAUAACUUCCA